GACUAAGAUUGUGUCUGAGAUAAUUGAGGCCAGGACUAAGAUUGUGUCUGAGAUAACUGAGGCUAAGACUAAGCUUGUUGCUGAGAUAAUUGAGGCCAGAACUAAGCUUGUUGCUGAGAUAACUGAGGCCAGAACUAAGCUUGUUGCUGAGAUAAUUGAGGCCAGGACUAAGCUUGUUGCUGAGAUAACUGAGGCCAGGACUAAGAUUGUGUCUGAGAUAAUUGAGGCCAGGACUAAGGUUGUUUCUGAGAUAAUUGAGGCCAGGACUAAGGUCUUUGCUGAGAUAAUUGAGGCCAGGACUAAGCUUGUUUCUGAGAUCAUUGAGGCCAGAAUUAAGCUUGUUUCUGAGAUCAUUGAGGCCAGGACUAAGCUUGUUUCUGAGAUAAUUGAGGCCAGGACUAAGAUUGUUUCUGAGAUAAUUGAGGCCAGGACUAAGAUUGUUUCUGAGAUAAUUGAGGCCAGGACUAAGAUUGUUUCUGAGAUAAUUGAGGCCAGGACUAAGCUUGUUGCUGAGAUAAUUGAGGCCAGGACUAAGAUU